GAGCGCAGCGCAGCGGAGAGGGGCCCCUCGGCACCGAGCCCCCGGCCCGGCCCGGCCCGGCCCGGCCCGCGUGAAAGGAUCUCCCCGGGAGCGACCGGCCGCUCGGUCCCGCUCUGCUGCUCCCUGGCUCUCUCCCUCCUUCCCUUCCCUUCCCUCCUCCUCCUCUCUGAGCUUUCCACCUCCCCUGAUCCUGAGUGAGCGCAGCCUCGGAUGUCCGGUUUCCUGGUGGGUUUUUUACCUGGCAAACUCUGGAUAACUUUGGUGAGAAUUUGCAAAGAGCCUGGGAAAGUCGGGAACUCCCCUGCAGGCGCAUAGGAGCUGCUGCUAACCGCAUCUUUUCCAUCCCACGGAUUUUACUGCCUUGGAUAUUGUGAGGGGAGGGAGGGGGGGAGAGGAAAAGAAGGAGCCUCAAAAUUUCGGCUGCAUUCCUCCGACUGCCCAGCCGUCCCGCUCCGCGCCCGCUCUGCCAUCCCUGCACCAUGCACUUGCUGGAGGUGCUCUCCCUGAGCUGCUGCCUGGCUGCCGGUGCCGUGCUCCUGGGACCCCGGCAGCCGGCAGCUGCCGCCGCCUACGAGUCCGGCCAGGGCUACUACGAGGAGGAGCCCGACGCGGGGGAGGUAAAGGCUCAUGCAAGCAAAGACCUGGAAGAGCAGUUGCGGUCUGUGUCCAGUGUGGAUGAACUCAUGACAGUACUUUAUCCAGAAUACUGGAAAAUGUUCAAAUGUCAGUUGAGGAGAGGAGGUUGGCAACACAACAGGGAACACUCCAGCUUUGACACAAGAUCAGAUGAUUCCCUGAAAUUUGCUGCAGUACACUAUAAUGCAGAGAUCCUGAAAAGUAUUGAUACUGAAUGGAGAAAAACUCAGUGCAUGCCACGUGAAGUGUGUGUGGAUGUGGGAAAAGAGUUUGGAGCAACUACAAACACCUUCUUUAAACCCCCAUGUGUAUCAAUCUACAGAUGUGGAGGUUGCUGCAAUAGUGAAGGACUUCAGUGUAUGAAUAUCAGCACAAAUUACAUCAGCAAGACACUGUUUGAGAUCACGGUGCCUCUGUCUCACGGCCCCAAGCCCGUCACAGUCAGUUUUGCCAACCACACGUCCUGCCGGUGCAUGUCCAAGCUGGAUGUUUACAGACAAGUCCACUCUAUCAUAAGACGUUCCUUGCCAGCAGCACAAACUCAGUGUCAUGUGGCAAACAAGACCUGUCCAAAAAAUCAUAUUUGGAAUAAUCAAAUUUGCAGAUGUUUGUCACAGCAUGAUUUUGGUUUCUCUUCUCACCUUGGAGAUUCUGACACAUCUGAAGGAUUCCAUAUUUGUGGACCAAAUAAAGAGCUGGAUGAAGAAACCUGUCAAUGUGUCUGCAAAGGAGGCAUGCGGCCCUCGAGCUGUGGACCUCACAAAGAAUUGGACAGAUCAUCAUGUCAGUGCAUGUGCAAAAACAAACUUAUCCCUGCUUCCUGUGGGCCCAACAAGGAAUUUGAUGAAGAAAAGUGCCAGUGUGUAUGUAAAAAGAGCUGUCCUAGACAUCAGCCACUAAAUCCUGCAAAAUGCGUCUGUGAAUGUAUAGAAUCUCCCAAUAAAUGCUUCUUGAAAGGAAAAAGGUUCCAUCACCAGACAUGCAGUUGUUACAGACCUCCAUGUACAGUGCGAACGAAACGCUGCGAUGCUGGAUUUUACUUCAGUGAAGAAGUGUGUCGCUGUGUACCUACAUAUUGGAAAAGACCACUUAUGAAUUAGUGAAGAGAGCACUACUUGCUAUGUUGGUGUACAUUUUUCCAUUAGAACAAAAGAACAGCAGAAACUUUGAUAAUAUUUGGAAUUAAAUGUUCACCAGAGACCCUGUGGGGCUUUCAGAGACAGACUUGUGCUUUUCUCAAGAUGUGGAAAGCAAAUGUAGAAAACAACUGGGGUUCGUGUUUUGUAAAGAACUCAAUAAGGACUUAUUUUCUGUCAAUGACCAAACAGCCUAGGUUCUCCUUCUUGUGAUUUUUUUUUUUUAAGAGAUAAUGACUAUAUAAUUUAUUUCCACUAAAACCAUCGUGCAGCAUUUCUGUUUAUAGCAGUAACAAUUGUUAAAGCUCACUGUGAUCAAUAUUUUUAUAUCAUGCAAAGUAUGUUUAAAAUAAAAUGGAAAUUGUAUUAUA